GCCGCCGAACUAACACCGAUAAAGGAUGAUCCGGGUUGCGAAUCCCCGCUUCUAGCGUUCGCGAGCUUUGGCUGAGGGAAUAUUAUUGUCUCAGCUCGUCGACGUUAUUUUUUGCCAACGCAACGACGCCUCUGCACCCUGUCAUUGCUGUCGUUGACUGCUCCGAUUUUUCGGAACAGCAGGGAUGGGUCAAUAUCACAAGCCGUCUAUACGGAAGUGCGCGCACAGCCAACAUGAUCGCAGUUGAGCACUCCGAACUCCAAAACGUUGCCAUCCACAUCCCCGCGUAAUCGCAACUAGCCCGAGAUGCAUAUGCAUGAACAGCAUAUCCGGGGCAGUCUAGCCUUCGAAGUGCGGCCCACGAUCCUCCAUGCAAUGUUUUCAUUUGCUCCGCCGCCACACGAAAGCGAACGUAACCUGAAUUGAUCUUAUCACGAGAUAUUUCCAUAAAUGGCCUCCGAGAAAAAUUUCCCUCGUUGCAUGAUAACCGAAGCAAUCACAAGCUGAUGCCCGAUCCGUGUCGGGCAACUCUUAUCUUCUUUACGGACGGCUGAUACGAGAUGGUAGGUCUUGCGGCGAAUUGUUUCGCCCGGACAAGGGACACCCCAGGGAUGGAAGCCAGGGGAUUGUGCAACAUACGGUCUAGUAUAUCUCUGUCGUCUGUCACUUCAACGAAGCCUUCCACUUUUCUAGCACUGCCUGACCCAAAACCCCUACUUACCUAUUGCUCAUCGAGAGUCGUUCAAAAGUACUUCAACAGAAAAUGUUAUAGCCCGAGAAGCUGUCGUCUCACGUCAGGCCAAGGAGAUAUUCGAAUACGAUCUCGUCUCAUGCUCACGAACGCCAACAUCGCUGACUGACCAAGACCAGCAUUCUGAAUAAGCUUUCUUGUCAUCGCCGACGACUUAAGAGCAAUUGGCAUCCUCACCAAACCACAAUCCAACAUUAGCCUUGCUCAAAAUGAAACCCAGCCCUACCGUCACAACCAUCGAAAUCCAAAUGGAAUGUCAAGGCAUAUCAUGCUGGGACUUUGCCUACCCAACCGGCAAAUGCAGCCUCCCAUCUAAGAAAGACUGCCCUUUCACCAAGUCCGGUUCCAAGUCGCGCAAGUCCAAGUCGAAAGACCAGUCUCGACCAGAGUCGUCGAAUGCCACACUCAGCUUCCGGAACAAAGCCAGACGCGAGUCGCAGACCAUCGAAGCGAGGACGUACCUGGUGUCCUGUCCGAACCCAUCAUCCGUCAUAAACCCGCACACAUACACGACCAUCUCAACACUACUGCUGCAACCACGUACCCAACUCGUGCUUCUUGUGCCACAAUCGCAUAUCGUGUGCAGUCGUGUAUGUGAGAUAUCGCGACUCCCUCGCUCCGGCGGGAGUUGUAUCCAAGUCCUCCCCGUCCCGGAGGUCGUUGCGAUGACUUACACAACAACGAGCGCCGAGACCGGUGCCGAUAGCGAUGAUGAUAAUGUCAACACCGUGGAGAAAGCCAAUGUCGCCGAGGUGGUACGAAAGAUUGUCAAGUACACCAAAACCAAGAAUUUCGACGGAUACCUCGUCUUCGAGGAGGAUCGCGCCAGUUGGCAGUUCCUCGAGCGCGUCGGCAAGGGUGUCAUCGCUGCAGUGAGGAAGGGUGAGAGUCGAAAGUGAUUACUUUCCUCCCUUCCUUCUCCCUUCUGUAAAGUAGGCCUAUGGUUGCGGACCACUGCCUGCGGAAACGAACGAAGCGAUGUCCACCAGUCUUCAGCGGCCAGCGACCCUACGUGACCACUCCCCCUCCACCAUCGACUGUUACGACAUACUCGGGGAAACCGUCCACAGUCCGACCGAAUUGUUUACGACAACUAGAAACUUAGCGACCUUCUAUCAAAUAGACUCCUAUACCCCGACGCUUCUCAUCUACAGCUUCGGUUUCGGUUUCAGUUCCGCGCGACUCUGCUUCUUCCUCGCCUUCCAACUCCAAUGCUUGCUCGGAUCUCUGCGCAUCUCCUUCCACACUCCGAGAUCAUCCUGAUCCGCAUACGAUCCCAAUCUCAACUCAAUCGCGUCGACAGCCAGAUCGACGUACUUCCUCGCGCCCUUCACACUGCCCACAGAGCUAUACAUCAGCGCAGCAUGACAGUACGCCGGAUCCAGAUACCCAUCCAGGCCUUGAUCCUGGUACAGCUUGAUCAGCCGCUCCGCCUGCGCGACGCUGGCUUUUGACUCGGCCGUCCAGUCGCCCAAGCUCGCCUGCAGUGCAUUGAGCUCGUCAAGAGCGUCAUCGCCGGAUCCGCCGCGCCGACACCGCCGACAAGUACACUCGAAUCCGAACGAUUGGCGGAGAUAUCGUUGGCGUUGUGCAUAGGUGUCGAGCGGGUUGGUGUACGCGAUGCUGAUCUCCUCAUCCGGCGGGAUCGGUCGGACGGCGCGGACGUAGUGCGUCAGCGUGGCCGUGUCGAUGUGAAACUGAGCAUUUGGCGCGCAGUCGUGGUUGAUUCGCGAAGGUUCCGGGAAGGCUGCCAAGUGCUUUUGCCCGUGCAGUUGGAUGGCGAACGUGUUGGCCGCGGCGAUGUCUUGCAUCAGGAUCUCCGGGUUGCCGUGGACAGUGGUGAGGUUGAGGUACGCUUCUCGCGUCGACGCAGGCAGCUGGUGGAUUGCGACCUGGAGGUACCUUUCCCGCUCGGCUGGCGAGAGGAGGUUCUCGGAAUACGCGACCAGGACGGGCGUGGUUGCUACGAUCACAUCGCCACGUCGGAGAGGGCGUUUCGCGAACAUGCCGAUGCCCUUGUUCGAGAUGGGCUGAGUGUACCACGCCCCUGAAUCAGUAUUGAGGAGAGGAGAGAGAACGUCCCUAUCGUUGAAGGGCGGUAAAGUGGUGGUCUGCUCGGCGAUCUGGGUUGUGGUGAAUAUGGAGAUUCCUCGUCCGUUGGCGAAUGUUGCAUUUGUGUACACGCACAGUUCGCUGCCGACCGACGGGAGUGUCUGGGUGCAGACUGGCUUGAACGACCACGGUGCGUAUCUGCUGGUCUCGUCCGCGUCGGUAUUGAGGUUGAGUUCGACGGACUGGAAAAGUUGUUGGAAGUCAAUUUGGUAGAGGCUGUCCUCCACGCCUAUUGUGGACGCAAUGAUAAACAUGAAGCAAGUCCAGACAGCGGACAUCGUCGUUCGAAUCAACCCCAUUUUCAGAUCAGCAGGGCUGAGAAGGGGCGUGCGCUGCAAUAGGAUCUUGACGGAGCGAACCCUCUUUCGACUUUCAGCCUCGGCCGCCCUCACCGCCGGUCAUCUUGUAUGCUAACUCUCAUAUGGAUCUGGGAGAGAGUACGGUGUAAUCAACAAGGACGACCAUCCUCACAGAAUAAACCGUCCUAGGUUCCUAGGUCGAGAGAUCAUCGUGUCCAAGAAAUUCCAAGAAAGACCAAGACAAACCGUUCCACCUGUCAAAGCCGAAACCAGGGCACGCCAAGGGGAGAAGUCCUCGGCUCCAGACACUACGGAUUCGAAGAGACUCUUUUGAUUCAUUCACCAGCAUGGAUCUCGCCUGUGGAAAGGACUGCGUGCUUUUCAUGUUACAGACACAGAAGACCAUACCUGACUGUCAUCAGUCAGUCACACGAUCCAAAUCAUAAGCUGGAGGCCCUUUCAUUUCACCCUCGUUACUAGUAUUGAACGCCUUCUCGACGUCGUCCGCGAAUUCCUUCAACGUGUUAUACCGCCACGCAUACCCGACCAACCCCUUCUCCAAUGCCAUCUUGCUUUCGGCCUCUUUGCCCCAUCUCGGCCCAUCGCCAAUCAACCACACACUACUCAAGCCCAGUCUCUUCGCCGGUGCCUGAUCAUGCCCGAGACUCUGCGCGACGUGGAGGAUUUCGUCCUUCUCGACGCUCCCGCCCCCACCGUUGGAAGUGCCACUGGUAGUGCUGGUGCUAGUGCAGUAUCCGAUCAAUGUCUCCAACUUGAUCUCGUCCGCGCGUGCCGCAUCGUCGCCGAGAUCUUCGGCCGUGAACACUUUCCACCAAUCGACCUCGCCGAGCCUGCUUGCCGGUGACGACGACGUGAUGGACCACGCGUACCUGUCGAUGUUGGACAAAGCAACGAGUCUGUAGUGCUUGCUUAGUGACCUGAGAGCCUCCAGAGUGCCGGGAAACGUAGGCCAGCUUGAUAUGACGGCCUCGCUUCCAAACGCAACGGCUUCCUCCUCGCUGCUGUCGACCUGGAGCUCUUGCGCCACGCGUCUCCAGAUCUCGGCGAGGAUCUCGUCGAAUCUCUUCGCGGGCUUUUCGAGCUUGAUGGCGUCUUCUUGUCGUUGGAACAGUUUCAGAAACUCAACGGACCCUUUCGUAGCGGAGUCGGGGGUCGUCGUUGAUAACGGUGUUGAGUCGAGAUAGGGCGACGACGGGGACAGGCGCG